AAUAUUCGUUAAACCCGUUUGCGUCUUCAAAAGCCGCCAUGAUUUGUCAUCUGUGCAUAUAGAGAGAUGAUCGAAGGAUGCUCUUGACACAUCAGUACCUGUAAUUACCAUGCCUCGUAUCGACGUACAUCACCAUUUUUUCCCUGCCGCCGGUCUCAUGAAACAGCGGUCAGUCGGCUGGAAAUUCCCAACUGAAAACUUCCCAUGGACGCCUGCAAUCAGUUUGAAAUGCCUUGCGGAUACAGGGAUCGACGCGGCAAUUCUUUCUAUCCCGGCGUAUUCUGAAGGUUCCGUCAGUCAAGGAGAUCGCGCAGUGGCUAGACAGUACAACGAAUAUGCGGCAGAAAUUUGUGCACGGUACCCUGGAAAGUUUGGCUUUUUCGCGAAUCUCCCGUUCUUGGACGAUGUGGAGGGUGCCUUGAUAGAAAUUACGUAUGCCUUUGACGUGCUUCAUGCAGAUGGAGUCGGUCUCUCUACAACUAUCGGUGAAGGACCAAACGGCAGGUAUCUGGGUGAUGACAAGUACGAUCCGAUCUGGGAAGAGCUCAAUCGACGGAAAGCGGUGGUAUUUGUUCAUGGCGCUCAGAACCCUUCAUCGACUCCAUGGCCCUGUGAAUUCCUAGGCCUUCCUGUAACUGAAGUCCCAAACGAGACUUAUAAAGCCGCAGCCCAUCUCGUUGCUACAGGGAAGAAGCGCAAGUACGGUGACGUGAAGAUUAUAUUAUCUCACAUGGGUGGCAGUACCGUCAUUCUUGCCAGCCGAGUUGCUGGUCUUUCACCCUACAUGGGCUGUACACUGACACCCGAUGAGAUAAUGGAGGACUUCAAAAGUUUUUAUUUCGACACCGCCCUGGCUUCUUACGAAACAAAUCUCAUUAUGAUUGAGUCAUUUGCUCCGCAGGAUCGUCUUCUUUUUGGUACUGACUUUCCUGCAGUGAUUUCUACUGAGACGGCUCAGUGGUACACAUCUCAUCUGGAACGAUUUUAUAGCGAGAAAAAAGAGAGAUUACAGGAAAUAGUCUCUGGAAACGCUCUGAAGCUGUUUCCAAGGUUCAAUGGCAUCCUCCACAUCUAGUUUGGUUAUGAUAUACUUCAUACAAGACCCAUAUAUCGUUGUCCUUAACUUGCGACGUUUUCUACAUUACAGUCUACCAAAACCACUGUUAUCCUCUUUCCUAUUAGAUUAUAUACCCCAGCAUUAGAUCUGAACGUUGUUAGUAACAUUAAUUAUCGUUAUGCCAGCCGA